ACUUGGUAGGAGGAGUGAGGAGGUCGAUCCAUCCUCGGCUUCGUCGUCGUCGUGCAUCCGUCAAGAGAUGCUCGCGCGCCGGGAGACGAAUCCACAUCUGCUCCUGCUCGACUGCUUCCAAAUCGAGUGACGCAUGCUUUUGCUUGCUAUGGAGGCCGCUGCUCUGAUCCGCUCCAACUGCCAGCGAUGUUCCUCCUCAAGGUCAAGGUUGGUACCCAUAUUUGCUUCAGUUUGCUCUUCCCCCUCUCACUUACCUUCCCUCUCAUGCAUGCGCUUGGUUUCUUCCUCACGCAGGCAGGCUGGGUGGGCUCCUCGUCGGCGUCGGCUUUCCCUGCCUGCCACUGCUUUCUGAUGGAGCGGACCUUUGGAUGCUCCUGUGCCUCUGGUGGUGGGCUAGGCUGGAACUGCUCUGUUGGAUCCUUACCUUUCUUUUGCAGCGACACUGAAUGGUUUGGCUGGUCCACAACACAGUCUCAGGGAUGGAUGGUCAAGUUGUAUAUGGCUUCCACCAUGUACGAGAUGAAAAGUCAUAUCUUGCUCAAGGACCAGUUGCAAAUAAGGGCAGUUAAAGAGUGGAUGCCCAACUGCUCUGAUGUAGGCCGCUCCGAAUCAAUUAUCCGAUAUAUGGCGUCUCUUGAAGGAUUCUCAGUGGUCUCAUGCCUCUCUGUCAGGAUUCUCCCAAUUUGAAAGAGGUACACAAAUGUUACUUUCUUUGUCAGGGUUUGUCUACAUUUAUGUUUAAGGCUACAACCUGGAGUCUCAUGGGGGGUGUGAAGAUGAUACCUAAGUAAUCUAGGGCAUUGCUUUGUUAGGGGUUCACUUAUGUACAAGAAUGGCAUGUUCUUUCUUGUGUAAUAUAUCGUGGUUUUUUUCUGCUCAACACCAUCUAGACUAUGUAUCACUGUAACCUGCUUUAUGGUUUGGACCUGAGCGCUGGAGCAUGGUGCUGGACAGGGAACGAGUCCCUAAGACCGCUCUUUGGAAUUCCAAUAUAGAUGAAGAUAGAAGUGAAAUUUGAGGGCCAACAAAUAUGUUGUAUCGUGGAUGUCCCCCUUUACAUCAUUGUUUUAUGAAAUGCACUAACGCUCC